AUGAGAAUGCAAACUGACAAGGUGAGGUUCAAUGUUGGAGGCAAACUCUUCGAAACAACUGCAACAACACUUGCGAACGCAGGCAGAAGUUCCAUGUUUGGAGCUACGUUUGAUGAUCAAUGGAACCUUCAACCUAGAGAAGUCAAUGAUGAAUACUUCAUCGAUCGAGACCCUGAAUGUUUCUCUGUUCUUCUUAAUCUCUUAAGAACAGGUGAGCUUCAUCUACCUCCUAACAUACCUGAAAAAUUGCUGUACAAGGAAGCUUUAUUUUAUGGUCUUUUAGAAAACGUUAGAACUGCAAAGUGGGGCAGAUUUGACGGUUACCAGUUAAACCUAACAAGUACGGUCAAGGGUCGCGCUCCUCACCAUUGUACUGCAAUAAGGGCAGGUCCUAAUGGAGGUUGUGCUGUUGCUCAUGGCAGCUUUGUUCAUGUGUACAAUUGGAUGCUUGAAGAACAUGCACCGUUGAUUCUGGAUCAUCGAAAAGUUAAUGAUAUUGGGUGGAUCGAUUCGGAGAAUAUUGUCGUCAGUGCUUCCAAAAGAUCAGGGGAUAGAGUUGGAGGAAUGGGUCUUUUCAGUUCAUCGACAGGUGAUCUAAUGCAUAGGUAUGAGUUUAAAGGCCAAACUGCUGGAAGUUUAUGUUUUAACUCUAGUAGUAAGAUAUUUGCUAGUUGUACUGGCGGAAUUGGAAUGUGGGAUCAAGUUACUGGGAAACAGACUGAUUUUUUCAAUGAACCUUCUGAUUGUCCUCUUGGUGAUGCUGAUAAGAUUCAAUGGCUAAAUGGAAGCAACUGUUUAUUUGUUUCUGCAUUGUUCCCAUGGAGAGACCACAAUCACAUUAGUCUUUUAGAUUUUAGAAUCAAAACAAGGGUUUGGUCGUGGUCCAACAAAGUUCAUGUAAGAGAAAAUUUUAUUUACGGUGCAACUGCAAUCGAAGAAAGUAAUUCCAUAUGUGUGGCUGGUUAUUUCGAAGAUCUGGGUUUCAUAGAUUUGAGAAGUACCAUUGGUACCAUAAGAUGGAAUCCAAUAACUCGAGAAAACAAAACGCAUCCUUAUUAUCCGAAAUUAACAUUACAUGCAGGACAUAUAUUUUAUUCCAGGGGCAGCAAUGAUGGUAUCUCCGUGUUUUCUGGACCUGAGUACUCGCUUUUAACAUCCAGUCUUGGUGGUGUAACUCGCGACUUCUCAAUAGGCUGUGAUCGACUUUUGGCUCUUCAUAGUCAGGAGAAUGUGUUCGACGUGUGGGAGACUCCAUGUCCCCCCAAUAUUUAA